AUGUCAAUGUUGUCACCAGAAACUCACGCGCAGUCCCCCAAAAGAUUCGCAUGUGAUAGAUGCAGAGGACACAAAUUACGAUGUCCUCGUGAGGAUCAGGCAGGCCAGUCCUGUGCGCGGUGCCUGCGCGCCGAUGCCCCGUGUAUUACAAGCAAUCUGCGCCCUCUCGGACGGCCUGCACGGAAGAUUACCCCGGGAAACAGCCAUGGACGGGAACGACGCCCACGCAAGCCUGUAAGAGGCCAAAGCGGUACCACUGGUGACGAAAUCGACAUGUUAUAUGAUAUAGAUCCCACCCAAAUUUCAAACGAUCCAUUCGACGCCGAGAAACAUCACGGGAGCAGGAGAUCUGAUGUCCCUUCGGAGGGCCAGGAGGUCCCGCAUUUUUUUGGCUUUGAUCCAGCAAUCCUCUUGGGCCUCUCUGGGUUCAGCGAUGAUUUCCUGGAGGUCGGUCUGUCGAAUGGCCAGAGCCCCGAGGGGGUUCCCUCGCUGAAUGGCACGCAUAUCCCAAGCACAAGCGAUGCGGAGAGCGCGUAUGCCGGCACCAUCCAUAGAUCUAGUAGCCAAAAUUUAGAUUCUGACUCCCUGAGAGCUGCAGAUCCUUCCAAGCAGCCACGGAAGACAAUGAGCAGCGCUGAUGCCAUUCAAAGGCUGUCUGUCCUGAUUCAGUCGCUGAGCAAGCAACUGGACCGACUAAAGACCGCACCUUGGAGUGUCACUCUGGUCAAUAUCGUGUGUGCCAGCCAGGGCCAGGAGGCAGCCAAUUCGAAUCCCCUCGGAGAGGUCCUUCAAAGCACCUCCGAGUUUGUGCAAAUCCUUCAAACAAUCGCUCCCAAGACCUCUACAGACCAGCUGGGAUCUGGGUUUCAGUCACCAAACUCGGAUCCCACUACGCUGUCAUCAUCGGGGUCUAACAUGUACUGCUCUCGCGUGGCAGCGAAUUUGAACAACGCCGUGCAGCCGCUUCAUAUCAGCUCUUCGCCCUUUGGCCAACUGCACACUCCAGAAUUAAGGAUCCUCCCGCCUUCCGACCAUUCCAAACCGGAUAUCUCGACCGCUCUAGUGAUCCUGACCUGCUACAUUCAGAUUAUCCAGAUCUAUAACAUCCUCUUCUUGCGCUCCAUCUCAUCACUCCAACCCGUACGGGGCCUCCAGCUUGGAGGAUUUCCCGUGCAGUACGGGAAUCUGCAGAUCAAGAUUCUCGUCCAGGUGAUCAUGCAUCUUCUGUCUCACAUCGAGCGCUUGCUGGGAACACCCGCAGAGUACCGUCUUGACCCUGCCAGCGGCUCCAGUGAUGGUCUCUUCAGUAGUUCGGAGCUUACCGCGCUGUUGCGGAUGGCGAUGAGUCAAAAGGAUGACAAGGAGAGUGAUGGGAUGGGUGUUGGAUAUAUUUACUCGCUCAGGAAGAUUAUGAAAAAGAUCCAGCGGAUGUUGGAACUGAACCCUUUUUUAUAG